GCAGUGGAUAGUCUGGUAAGAAUUUUUAAUAUUCAUAACUUCAUAAUGAAAUUAUUCCAUUGUUUCUCAUUGAAAUACAUAAUUCUAUUAUCAUUUUUCCUGCAAAGUUUCAAACUAUUAUUUUUAGGCCAGCUGUUCAGCUUGCAUCUCUAUUAUCUACUGUUCACAGUACAUAGAGACUAGACAGGAUGAAGACUAGAGAGCAAAGAGCAUUCAAUUUUAUUGUUUUGUCUUCUCUCUUCUGUGCUAGUUGCAAGAAAUCUCUCUCCCCUGUUGCUCUAAAUUUAGGGUGAUUCAUAAAGCAAGUGAACGUUCUGAGCUAGUAAGUGAAAAGUGCUGUACUUAUGUUUCGCGAUAAGCCUUUAACAAGGUUAAGUUUUAAAGAGAUUAACAUAUGUCAAAGGUUUCUGAAAUGGUCGUAGUUUCUAUCUGUGUUAUUUCAAAACAUUCUUCAAACCCACAACGAUUUUGUUCAUAAUACAGUGCUUGUUAACAAGUGGCUGCAAAUGAUACAAGAUAGUUUACCAGAUUUCUGUAGCGUCGCCAAUAAUGGGUCUUUUAUUCUCCAAAAUAUGGAGUCUUUUUGGCAACGAGGAGCACAAGAUAGUGAUAGUGGGUCUGGACAACGCGGGCAAGACGACCAUCCUGUACCAGUUCCUGAUGAACGAGGUGGUGACCACCUCGCCGACCAUCGGCUCCAACGUCGAGGAAGUCGUCUGGAAGAACAUCCACUUCAUCAUGUGGGACCUGGGCGGCCAGCAGUCGCUGCGAGCUGCGUGGAGCACUUACUACUCAAAUACUGAGUUUGUGAUAGUGGUGAUCGAUUCGACGGACCGCGAGCGUCUGUCGGUGACGCGGGAGGAGUUGUACCGCAUGCUGAACGACGAGGAGCUGAGCAAGGCGGCCGUGCUCAUCCUGGCCAACAAGCAGGACAUCAACGGGGCGAUGACGGCCGCCGAAAUCAGUCGCCAGUUGGAUCUCACCGCCAUAAAAAAGCACCAGUGGCACAUACAGUCCUGCUGUGCGCUCAGCGGAGAGGGGUUAUACCAAGGCUUGGAAUGGAUCGUGAGCAGGUUAAAAAGAAAGUGACAUCCGUUCAUUUACAACGAAUAAAUGGAAUUCUGUUUUGAACUGUAUUUAAACAGAAAAUUGUGAGAGUGUUUCGAGGAACAAAAACUGUGUUUUAUUAAUAAUUGUACAAUUAUUAACGAUAUUAGAAUAGUUUUAAUGGAAUUCGUCGAAGUGCCGUUUCAGUACUUUUUAGUUGUGAAAUUGUGAUAAAAAUAGUGACAAGGAGUUGGUUGAUGAGUGAACAAUUAUUAAAACUAUGAACAUUUUAUGAGGAUCCAUCAACAUUUCAGUGUGUGAGUGCGAAAAAUAGGCUAAUUGUAUGCUGAAAACUGUCAAGAGUUUGAAGUAUCUAUUGAGUUAUUUCAGUGAAUACUAUCAUUGUAUGAGAUAAACUUUUUAACUAUAAGCAGAAUGAGUUGAUAAAUCAAAUCGAGUAAAAAUAAUAAAUUAAUUUUCUAUAAA